GAGAGUUUGGGUCAACUUCUGUGAAACUUUGCUCUGACAUUAAACGCAACACACAGCUGCGCGAGAGGACAACGGCGCUGACUCCGCAGCGCGCGCGGUUAUCAAAACUUCAAGAUAGGACAAAAUGAAGCGACUCCGACUCGUGCUUCUGACCGCGUUGCUAUGGCAAUGCUGCCAUGCCCAGCAGAGAGGACUGUUCCCGGCUGUGUUGAACCUGGCAUCCAUGGCAGAUAUAUCCGCUAAUGCUACCUGUGGUUCACUGGGUCCAGAAAUGUUCUGUAAGCUGGUGGAACAUGUACCAGGCCAGCCUAUUAGAAACGCUCAGUGUCGAGUCUGCAACCAAAAGAGUACAAAAGCAGUUGAACAACAUCCUAUAGAAUAUGCCAUAGAUGGGACCAACCGUUGGUGGCAAAGUCCCUCUAUCAAGAAUGGAAUGGAGUACCACUAUGUGACUAUUACUCUGGACUUAAAACAGGUUUUUCAGAUCGCCUACAUAAUCAUAAAGGCAGCUAACUCACCUCGUCCAGGUAAUUGGAUCCUAGAGCGUUCAAUAGAUGGGGUGACCUUUGAUCCCUGGCAGUACUACGCCAUCACAGACACAGAGUGCCUGACGAGGUUCAACAUUUAUCCACGGACAGGACCUCCAUCCUACACCAGGGAUGAUGAAGUUAUCUGCACAUCUUUUUAUUCAAAGAUUCACCCUCUGGAGAACGGAGAGAUCCACACAUCUUUGAUCAAUGGUCGGCCCAGUGCAGAUGAUCCCUCCCCGACCCUGCUGAACUUCACCUCCGCCCGCUACAUCAGGCUGGUGUUUCAGCGAAUCAGAACGCUGAACGCCGACCUCAUGACUCUGACACUCCGUGACCCGAGAGAUGUCGAUCCCAUCGUGACGAGACGGUACUAUUAUUCCAUUAAGGACAUCUCCGUCGGAGGAAUGUGUAUCUGUUACGGCCACGCCAAAGCUUGUCCACUCAACACUGUUACAAAGAAGUUUAGCUGUGAAUGUGAACACAACACAUGCGGGGAGAGCUGUGAUCGUUGUUGCCCUGGUUACCACCAGCAGCCCUGGAUGGCAGGAACCUUCCUCACUCGACAUGUCUGCGAGAAGUGUAACUGCCACGGCAAGGCGGAGGAGUGCUACUUCAAUCAGACAGUAGCAGACCUGUCACUCAGCCUAAACAUCCAAGGUCAAAACAGAGGGGGUGGAGUCUGUAUUGGUUGCCGUGACAACACAGCUGGACUCAACUGUCAAACAUGCGUUGAUGGAUUCUACAGACCCGGCGGGGUGAGCGCUGAGGAGGAGAAGCCCUGCAUCCCCUGCUUGUGUGACUCACAUGGUUCCAUCAGCCAAUCAUGUGUCCCAGAUUCAAGCCAGGCCACGCCCAUUCAGCCAGCAGGGUCAUGCUGGUGUAAGGAGGGUUUUGGGGGUCUGCAAUGUGACAGGUGCGCUGUUGGUUAUAUGGGCUACCCGUCCUGCCAGCGCUGUAACUGCAGUGUGGAAGGAAGCAUCAACGAUGACCCAUGUGUAACACCCUGCGUGUGCAAGGAAAAUGUGGAGGGGGAAAACUGCGACCGCUGUAGACUGGGAUUCUACAACCUCCAAGGGGACAAUGGGCGUGGCUGCGAAAAGUGCUCCUGUAUGGGUGUUUCCAGUCAGUGCUCUGCCUCCACAUGGACCUAUCACAAUGAAACAACUCUGACAGGCUGGCACCUGCUUGGAGAAACAGGAGGAAGAGUGUGGUCCGUUCACAGACAGACACCUCCAUAUCUCAGCGUCCGACACUCAGACGUUGUGAGUGAUCUUGGCUCGGCCUACUACUGGAACGCACCUGGACUAUACCUGGGAAACAAGCUUUCAUCCUAUGGAGAGAGUGACUACUGGGAGGGAGGCGGGAUCAAGAUUAUUGACAAAAGGUUUGGCCAGCCAGUUUACCCGUCCUCGCCAAGCACCAAUCGCAUUGCUCUCCUUCCGGAGAACUUUCUGGUUUCAGAGAGCGCACAGCCGAUUAGCCGAAGGGAUUUCCUGUCUGUGUUGGCUAAUGUGACUCGUGUGAUGGUGCGGGCCUCUUAUAGCACAGAACCCAGCGCUGUGUACAGAUUCCACCUAUUCUCAAUGCAGGUAGCUAACCCGUCUGCCGGAGGAGAGAAGAGAGCAUCAGCUGUAGAAAGCUGCUCUUGUCCUCCUGGAUAUGCUGGAACAUCCUGUGAGGCAUGUAUUCCUGGUUUUCGGAGGGUUAACGGGAAUCUCUAUAAUGGUGUAUGUGAAGCUUGUCGUUGCCAUGGACACGCUACACAAUGCCAUGACAUCACAGGACACUGCCUGGACUGCUCCCACCACACUACCGGCCCCUUCUGUGAUACCUGCCUACCCGGUUUCUAUGGCAACGCCACCCGUGGGUCACCUGCAGACUGUCAGCCCUGCGCCUGCCCGCUCGAUCUUCCUAGCAACAAUUUCAGCCCCACCUGCCACCUAGGUGAAGAAGGGGAGUUGCUAUGCGACCAGUGCCAGCCUGGGUACACAGGACCACGAUGUGACAGAUGUUCCAAUGGAUACUACGGCCAGCCCACUGUACCAGGGGGUUCCUGCCAGCCCUGCGAUUGCACCGGAAACCUUGACCUAUCCAUAUCUGGCAGCUGUAAUCCAAUCACAGGCCAGUGUCUGCGCUGUCGUCAAGGUUAUGGUGGCGCGUCUUGCGAAAGUUGUGCUGACGGUUACUACGGAGAUGCCAUCACAGCAAAAAACUGCCAGUCCUGCCAGUGCCAUACUAAUGGCUCUGUAUCUGAGGUUUGCGAUAAGGAGACUGGACUGUGCCAGUGCAGAAAAAAUGUGGUUGGACGACAGUGUGACGAGUGCAUACCUAACUGCUGGUGGGAUGCUGAGCGUCAGGACUGUAUUCGCUGUCGUUGCAGCCCUCACGGCUCUAUGUCUCAGCGCUGUGACAUUGAGGGCCGCUGCAUCUGUCGCCCCGGCUUUGUGGGCCGACAAUGUGACCUCCGUCGCCAAAGUUACGAGAGGCGGGAGACCCGCCGGCCAGUGGAACAUGUUCCCAUAGAAGCUGUUCAGCAGAGAUGGGGGGGGCCCUCACGCACGGGGGGUUGUCCCAGGGGCGCGUACAGGCCUAAGACAGGGCCUCAGACCUACGGCAUUAGCACAGGUGGAGUAUGUGCCCCGUGUCACUGUAACUCGUUUGGUUCCAAGUCGUUUGACUGUGAUGAAACCGGUCAGUGUCGGUGUCAGCCGGGCGUCAGCGGACCCAAAUGUGAUCGAUGUUCACAAGGAUUCUUCAACUUCCAGGAGGGAGGCUGCACACCCUGUCAGUGCAGUCAUGUGGGGAAUAACUGCGAUGCUAACACAGGACAGUGUAUCUGUCCUCCAAACACCAUUGGUGAGAGGUGCGACCUCUGUGCUCCCAACCACUGGGGCCACGAUAUCAUAACUGGAUGCAAGGCUUGUGGCUGCAGUGUGAUCGGCUCAGUGAGCCAGCAGUGUAACAUCAACACAGGCUGCUGCAUGUGUCGCGACUCGUUCAGAGGAGAGAAAUGCAAUGAAUGUCAAAUUGGAUACAGAGACUUUCCUCAGUGCACCCAGUGCAAAUGUAAUGUUGCAGGAUCGGACAGCCAGACCUGCGACCUGGAGAGAGAAGUGUGCGCCUGCGCCGAUCGAACGGGAAAGUGUAGCUGCAAGGCAAAUGUGAAAGGAGACAACUGUGAUCGCUGUAAGCCAGACACGUUUGGCUUGUCGGUACGAAACCCACUUGGCUGCAGCAACUGUUACUGUUACGGACUGACACGAUCUUGCACAGAGGCACAAGGGCUCAUCAGGAUGUGGUUAACGCUGAAGCCUGAGCAGACGGUGCUCCCCCUGGUGGAUAAAUCCAACACUGUGGAGACGAGGAGAGGAGUGAGCUUCCAGCACCCUGAGAUCCUCGCUCAUACAGAGCUGGUCACCUCAACUCUCUCUGAACCCUACUACUGGAAACUGCCGGAGCAGUUCAGAGGCUCUAUGAUCACAGCAUAUGGUGGGCAGUUGAAAUAUGCAGUGUACUACGAGGCCAGAGAGGAAACUGGUCCUUCCUCCUAUGAGCCUCAGGUCAUUAUUAAGGGCGGUCCUAACCGCAACAUCCUGAUAACACGCCACAUACCCGGACUCCAGAUUGGUCAGCUGACCCGCCACGAGAUCGACAUGACAGAGCAUGAAUGGAAGUACGCAGAUGGCAGGUCCAUGACUCGAGAGGACUUCAUGGAUAUUUUGUUCUAUGUGGACUACAUCCUAAUAAAGGCAUCCCACGGCAACUUGAUGCGACACAGCCGUAUUUCAGAAAUCAGUCUAACAGUGGCUGAGGAAGGCAGACCAACCAAAGAGAGCGAGAAAGCACAUCAGAUAGAGAAGUGUGAUUGUCCAAUCGGAUACUCUGGACUUUCCUGUGAGGAGUGUGCUGCAGGUUUCUACCGUCUUCGCGCCAGUUCCCUGGCAUCUGCUCCAGCGUCAGGAGUGCCCACCGCUACCGGCAUGGGCAGUUGUGUUCAGUGCCAAUGCAGUGGGCACUCUUCCACCUGUGACCCUGACACAUCCAUAUGCCAGAACUGUCAAGACAACACUGAGGGUGAUCGGUGUGAACGUUGUGCUCCGGGAUUCUACGGUGUGGUCCGAGGUUUCCAUGACGACUGCAAAACUUGCGCCUGUCCCCUCACCAACCUAGAGAACAAUUUCAGUCCAACCUGUGUAACUGAGGGAUUUGAUGACUACCGGUGUACUGCCUGUCCUGAGGGAUAUGUGGGCAAAUACUGUGAGAGGUGUGCUACUGGUUACCAUGGUGACCCACGGAUGCCUGGUGGCCGCUGCGAGGAAUGUAAGUGUUCCUUGUGGGGGGCACUGCCUGGACCAUGUGACCCUGUCACAGGCCAAUGCCGUUGCAGGGCCGGGGCUUCGGGAAAGUCGUGUGACCAGUGCAUGGACAGGCAUGUGUGUGGACCAGCUGGGAUCAUCUCCUGUGAUGAUGAGUGCUCGGGUCUGUUGAUCAGUGAUAUGGACCGCCUGUAUCGCAUCAUCACUGAAGUCACCCUGACCACACCCCUCCCACCACCCUAUAGGGUGUUGUACCGCUUUGAGAACAUGACAGAGGAACUCAAGCACAUGCUGUCACCUCUGAGAGCUCCGGAGAGAUUACUGCAACUGGCCGACUCCAACCUGGGAUCACUGGUUGUUGAGAUGGACCAACUACACAGCAGGGCCACUAAGGUGUCUGCUGACGGAGAGCAGGUUGAGGAUGAUGCUGACAGGAUUCAUAAACGAGCUGAGGACCUGGAGCAGUUCAUCAGAGAUACACUGCUGGGAGCUCAAGACCUCCAGUUAAAGGCUGCCGACUUGAACCAGACUCUCUCACGGAAAGAUGGAACUCCAGACAGAAGCCUGAAGGACAUGAAGGAGGAGAUCCAGGCCAUGCUAGCCGAGAUGAGAAAACGACAGCUGGGAGGGAAGAAGAGUAUUGCUGAGGAAGAGAUGGACCUAGCAGAGGAGUUGUAUCAAAAAGUGAAAAGAUUAUUUGGCGACCCCCAUCAGGCCACGGAAGACCUGAAAGCAGAGAUAAAAGAAAAGCUCUCAGACCAUGAGGGGAAGCUGCAGGAGGCCCAGGAUCUACUCCACUCUGCCCAAGAAAAGACCAGGCAGGCUGGUUCACUGGCUGACCAAAACCAAGCUAACCUCACAGCCCUGGAGAGGAAGCGCUCUGCAGUAAGCGGGGUGAAAAAGGAAGCACAGGAGGUCCUUGGAGAAGGUGAACGUCUACUGGGUGAAGCAAACCAGCUUUCUGACAACAUCAACAAGGAGAUAGAGGAUUUGGAGGAGAUGGAUCGAGAGCUGGGUCCUCUUCAUGACCAGCUGGAUGAUAAAGUCAGUCACCUUACCAAUGGCUUAAGUGAUGGCAGCCUGGCUAAUCACGUGCACGAUGCAGAGGAACACGCCAAGCAGCUGAACGAAUCUGCUGCCAUUUUGGAUGGUAUUUUGGCUGAAGCUAGAAAUCUCUCCUUCAACGCAACAGCUGCCUUCAAGGCCUACAGCAACAUUAAAGCAAAUGUCGAUGCAGCAGAGAAAGAGGCGAAGGCAGCCAAACAGAGGGCAAGUGAGGCACUGGCACUGGCUUUGGAUCCAGAGGUCCCAGUAAAGGAAGCAGCUCAAAGUGCCCUCCAGAAGAGCAAAAGAUUGCUGAACCAAGCUAAACAACUUCAAAAUGAUGUCAAAGAGAAUGCAGAUGGUGUGGCCGGGCUGAAGGGCAGAGUUAAAGCAGCGAGAGACAAAACCAAAGACCUGCUGAAGGCUGUCAACGGAACCAUGGCAACGCUCAACGCUAUCCCCAAUGACACUGCAGCUAAGCUAGCAGCCACAAAGGCUGUAGCAGCAGAUGCUAACGCCACGGCCAUAGACGUCCUAGAGCGUCUUGGGAAUUUAAACCUGCGAAUCAACGGCCUACAGAGGAACUACAGCGAUCUGGAGGACACUGUUAACGCAGCCAAUCAGAUGAUCCAGGACCCAGAGAAAAACACCAUCAUCCACGCUGCAGGAGCCAAAGUAAAGGAUUUAGAGGAUGAAGCUGACAGGCUGUUGGAGAAACUGCAGCCAAUCAAAAAGCUGCAGGACAAUUUGAGGCGAAAUAUCUCACAAAUCAAGGAACUGAUCAUCCAAGCCAGGAAACAAGCAAACUCUAUCAAAGUAUCAGUGUCAUCAGGUGGUGACUGUCUCCGUAGUUACCGACCCGAUAUCAGGAAAGGGAGGUACAACACCAUCAUCCUUCACGUUAAAACCACCACACCCGAUAACCUGCUAUUCUACCUGGGGUCAGCCAAAUAUGUUGAUUUCCUUGCCUUAGAGAUGCGUAAGGGGAAGGUGAAUUUCCUCUGGGAUGUGGGUUCAGGUGUGGGGAGGGUCGAAUAUCCUCAUCAUACUAUCCAUGAUGGGAACUGGCACAGAAUAGAGGCGUCUCGUAAUGGGUUGAAUGGCACCAUAUCAGUAUAUCCUCUGGAAGGCUCUAUGGCUGGUAUGAUGCCGACCCCAGCCAGUGCCAACUCCCCCACAGACUACACCAUCUUGGACGUCGACCAGAACGCCUACCUGUAUGUAGGAGGAAUACUCGGCACUGUCAAGAAAGCAGAUGCAGUAAGAACAACAACAUUCACAGGCUGCAUGGGGGAGACCUUUCUGGACAGUAAACCUAUUGGACUGUGGAACUAUAGAGAGAGACAGGGAGACUGUAAAGGAUGUGUUGUCAGCCCCCAGCGUUCAGAUGGAGAGGGGACAGUUCAACUGGAUGGUGAGGGCUACGCCGCAGUGGGACGACCCACCAGGUGGAACCCCAAUGUUUCCACCGUGACCUUCAAGUUCCGCACAUUUUCCUCCGAAUCCCUGCUCAUGUAUUUGGCUACUGAGGAUAUGAAGGACUUUAUGUCCCUUGAGCUGUCGGAAGGAAAGGUGAAGGUGAACUUUGACCUUGGAUCAGGGGUCGGCAGUGCCAUAUCAGCUAACCGCCACAAUGAUGGACAAUGGAAAUCCAUUACCAUGUCAAGGAACAAGAAACAAGCCACGGUGAAUAUAGUGGACAUCGACAGCGGUGCCGAGGAGAAGGUAGUGGCCACGUCUCAGGGUUCAGCUGCCGGUCUGAACCUCAAGGAAAACCAGAAGAUCUAUUUUGGCGGGCUGCCUACCAUUGGAAACUAUAGCAUGACAGCCAGGUCAGAGGUCACUCUGAAGCGGUAUGCUGGCUGUCUUCGGGAGAUUGAAGUCUCCAGGACUCCAUAUAAUCUCCUCAGCAGUUCAGAUUAUACUGGGGUCACUAAAGGAUGUAAUGUAGAGAACCUGUACACAGUCAGUUUCUCUAAACCGGGAUACAUGGAGCUCAGUGGCCUGUCGCUGGCGGUCGGAACAGAGAUCAGCCUGUCCUUCAGCACUCUGGCAGACACUGGGACCAUUUUGCUGGCCGUAGGCGGAGCUUCACCAAUCAGCCAACAGGCCCGGAACACAAACAUCCUCAACUCCAAAAGGAAACGCAGACAGUCAGGAGAGCCCUACGUCUCAGUCAUGCUGAACAAAGGCUCUCUGGAGGUCUUGGUGUUUACCGGCAGCCACAGUCCACGUCGUGUCAUCAGACGACCUGAGCAAGGCUUACUGAAUGAUGGGAGAGAGCACUCGCUGCGCAUUGAGAGGCUACCUGGCAGAUCCUUUGCAGUUCAGGUGGACGAGGAGGCAAAGAGGGAGGCAGCGCUUCCCAACGACCAGCCAGUGAGCUUGCAACGUGUCUUUCUCGGUGGUAUUCCUGCAGACGUAGAGCAGACAUCCAACAGAGCCAACAUCCCUUUCCAGGGAUGUAUAUGGAACCUCAUAGUCAACGCUGUUCUCUCAGAUUUCUCCCUGCCUGUGUCCUUUGAGAAUGCUGAAAUUGGACAGUGCCCCAACCUGGCCCCUGUGCCACCUUUACCUCUUCUGCCAGAAGAAAAGGAGCCCGAGAAGGAAAAGGAGGAGUCAAAGCCGCUCCGUCCUCCACCAACCCCAACAACCGUUACACCAGCUCCAGGUCUUCCUGCUGAGGCCACGCCCCAUGCCACACCUGCUACCACACCCACUGCUGCUGCAGCCCCACCCACUGCUAAACAGGAGCCCAGCGCUGAUGUGGAUUCAUGUGCAUCCGCUGUGGCCCCGACAGCACUGGAGAAGGCCUUUCAAUUUGGACUGACCAGGAACAGCCACAUGAGCUUUGCUUUUGAUGACACCAAAGUCAGAGAAAGGCUAAUAUUGGAGUUUGAGCUGAGGACGAAGGAGGAGUCUGGUCUGGUUCUCUACAUGGCAAGAAUCAACCAUGCUGACUUUGUUACCAUACAGAUCAAGGACGGGCAGGUCUGCCUGGGUUAUGAUCUUGGUCAUGGAAACAUAUCUGGCUGCGUCCCCUUCUCCAUUACUGAUGGGAACUGGCACAAGAUACGUGUGAGUCGUAUCAAGCAAAGAGGUCUACUUACGGUUGAUGGGCGAUACAGUAAACAGAUGAUCAGCCCAAAGAAGGCUGACCUGUUAGAUGUGGUGGGAAUGCUGUAUGUGGGUGGAUUACCACAAAACUACACCAGCAAGAGGAUUGGACCGAUUCUCUACAGUAUCAAUGGAUGUGUCCGUAACUUUAAGAUGGUUGGAGGUCCUGUGAGCACUAAGGCAGCUGCUACAGGUCGCCCUGAUGCCUCCAUUGAGGACUUUAAAUUGAACAUGGACACACCCACCUCCAGUCACAUGGUAGGAAGAUGCUUCGUUGCCACAGAGACGGGCACCUAUUUUGACGGCACUGGCUUCCUGAAAGCAGUCUCUUCUUACAGAGUGGGUCUGGAUGUGUCGAUAGCCUUAGAGUUCAGGACCAGCAGAACCAGUGGAGUGCUUUUGGCCAUCAGUAACCAAGCCAACAAUGGACUGGGAAUAGAAAUCGUUGAAGGCAAGCUGCUCUUCCACGUAGACAACGGAGCUGGACGGAUCACAGCGGAGCAUGUGCCUGAGGGCGAGGGCUUCUGCGACGGUCAGUGGCACUCCAUCAUUGCCAAGAAGCUUCGGCACAGGGUGGAACUGGUGGUCGAUGAGAAGAAGAGUAAAGCAGAGAGUCCCAACGCGCGCUCCAACACGUGCGAUACCAACGACCCCAUCUAUGUCGGAGGAUAUCCAACUGGAGUUCGACAGGCAGCUCUCUCUACCAGCACUUCCUUCAAAGGUUGUUUAAAGAACCUGAAGAUCACCAAGGCUUCCAAGACUAUGGACGUACAGUUCAACAAGGCUCUAGAGAUUAAAGGAGUCCAGCCUCUGUCCUGUCCUGCUGUAGCUGCGUAACCGUUAGCAUAGCGCUUCACCUUUGUUUCCCUAUUACAGUAGUAUGUCCAGAACCUGCACUGGGCCAAAUGUUCAUAUAUCAGUGUGUUGGCCAGGUGCUGAGUCCAAAAAGUAGGUAAUAUGUUUCAAGCCCAGGUUGAAUUUUUAUUAAGUACAAAGGCAUCAAGUUUCUCUGCUAAACAGCUUCAUCCUGCAUUAGAAAAAGAGCUUAUAGAACAGUGGCCAAGAGUCAGGGAGAAGAAACAGUGAAUGUUUAAAAUUCAAGUGAAAACUACUGAAAGCUCCUAAAGACAACAGGAAAUGAUCUGCUCAGAAUUCAGUCGUAUUCCUUCCUGCAGUUUACCAGUACUUUACCAGUUACAGUUAUGCUUUGAAUAUGAAAAUCCAUAAAAUAUUACUUAGGCAGGGGUUGAUUAAGGGAAAAAGGUUGGAAACCGCAACUAUAUGGUUAGGUUUGAUUGAGUCAGGCUUUAAUACGUCACACACCUGUGUUACCUUGAUGCCUCUGUACCUGAUAAAGAGCAAAAGUCCUUGUAUUUGUUUACACUAACUUGGUCAUUAAACUUGUUUCUGCAUUGUUCUCUUUCUAAAUUACAAAUGUCUUAACAGCAUAAAAACACCAAUGUUUUGCUCCUGUUAGAGGCCAACAACAUGCAAAGUUAAAAUUUUCAGUAUGAGACCCUGACUUAAUGUACAGUGUAAGGAUCUGGUAAAUAAAUCUUAUCAUGGCUACAAAUUGAGGUCUCAGUGUUUUAAAAUGUGUUUUAUAGUUUUUACACGAAGGAAGAUAUUAGUAUCUGUGCUAUGGUUACAGGUGCUUAGGGUAUUCAAGCUAAUAUUUUGGUGAUAUUUCUGUGAUUGUUUAGACAUUAAAUCAGAUUUGGUUUCUACAGAAGCCCCUCUUGAAAAGGUAGAACAUGGCAUGUUGAGAACUUUAGUUGCAGUGUUUACCUUCUCAACCUCAAGACAACAGAUGACGUUGGACUUCUGUUCAGCCCUCUUUACAGCAACAGAUACAGCAGCCUGUGAUCUUCAGAGAUCUAAUCUUCUUUAAAAUUACAACAAGAAAAUCGCUGAUCCAAUGGUUCUAAAGCCAGAUGCCGUAUUUGUGUGUUAUGUUUUGCAUGGUGUGGCUGAAAAUACUUCAGCAGCUUUCUGAAAUAUAUUCCUAAUGCCAUCAAAAA